AUGGGUAAGUGUGCAGCUGGGGGAGCAGCAUGUCAUUCCCCCUCCUGCCGCGCCGCGCUGAGCCCACUGAUGGCCGCGGGUGCAGCAGGCGGCAAUUGUGCAGAAAAACGACUCAAGGAGGGCAGAGGUGGUCAAGUCGCACUUCACUCCCGGCCCUGCAGCAGGCACCGGUUGGGCGCUAGAGGGUUCCCUUCAUCAGGACACCCUCUGGCGGACAGGGCCCGUUUCCGUGCCCCCACCCCAGCUACGUCGCUCGAACGGUCACCUACGCCGCGCUCUGAGGACCCCCAAACAGCGGCCGGAAAGACACCUUCCCCCGUGGCAAGCGGGGGAAAGAGUACUGGUCCCCAGGGGGCGGGGUUUGCAGCACCUGAGGUCGCCAAGGCUACCGAGCCCGAGACCCCUGAGCCCGCCUUGGCUGCGGAGCCCGCGGUGCCAUCACUUGUGGAUCAUUACUUCACUUGCUGGUACAAAGCGGACUCAUUCAUUUCUUCUACAUGUCAAGGAAAACCCUGUGAGGACCACUGUAUACUACAACACUUUAACCGAAUAUGUGUCAUCACACUGGCAGGAUCCCAUGUAGUUCUUCAAAGUGGAAAAGCAAUUAAAAGCAUUUCCUGUCAAAUCAGUACCAACUGUAGCAGACUUCAGAACAAAGUCUCUGGGAAAUUUAAGCGGGGUGGUGCCUAGCUUCUAACAGAACUUGGACCUCUGUGUAAGAUUUACUGCUCUGAUGGAGAAGAAUACACCAUGUCUAGCUGUGUUAGAGGACAGUUGAUGGAAGUGAAUGAGAGCAUUCUCCAUAAGCCAUCUGUUCUUCAAGAGAAGCCAUCCACCGAAGGCUACACUGCAGUUGUGUUGCCCAAGUUUGAAGAAAGUAAAAGCAUAACAGAAUGGGUACUGACACAAAAACAGUAUGACGAAGUAGUGGUGAAACGCAUCAAUGCCACAACAGCUACCUCAUGA